UAGCGCAGAGGAAGCCGCUCUCAGCACGAGAGGGGCGCUGCCGGGUUCAUAAGAGCAGGGUUGAUAAUAGCAAGGGGACAGUUUUAACAUAAAUGUGAGAAUACACAGCUUUGCAUACAUAGUUGCCGAUUGGCAACAACAUAGCCCUACCUAUCGACCGAUCUGUCUGUCUGUCUAUGUCGUCAUUUUAACCGCUAGUGAACGAAGAGCCGAGAAAAGUCGGAUUAUUCGAAAUGCGGUUCGAAUUCAUGCUUAGCAACAGCGUAAGACGGCAUAAGAUCGCGCCCUCAACUCCUUCGAACUUCGAUGAGAGUGUGCCCGAAGUUGUUAUCCAUAGCAGAGCAGCCUGUGUUCAUUAUAUGCGCGCGGUUUCUCACCGAGUUCACAGUUAUAGGCGGCGGAGUUUGAGCAUCUAUUAAGGACUGAAUUUAACCCGCCUUUUUCGUUACUCAUGAAGCGACUUACCGUAACGUACGAUUUAUCGAGAAGCUACCAUCGCGAAGUGGCUCAAGCGACAUCAGCCGGAUAUUAUAUAAAUGAAUACUACGACUGUCAUCGUUGUGGUGGCAGUAUGUGCAAUUGUGGGCAUCUUCAUUUGGUGUAUUUUUCGAUAUUUGAAAGCAAAAAAAGCACAAGCGCUGCAUGAUAUCUACUCUACAGGAAAUGAGUCAGGCUCACUGAAGAGCGACGCGCCGGAACAAGAAACGACUAAGGACGAGCAUAAAUCCGCUAAUGAAUCGAUGGCCGAACCUGCUGCGAAGGUCGCAGCUAAUCUACAUAGAUAUGGAGAUGAUGGCGAAAGCUCAUUAGUAGAAGCUACCACUGACGAUACAAUUAACAAAAAACCUGGCCCACAUGGUAAAGAUAUACCAUUCAGCGAAUUUUUGAAACCUGGUCUCCCUCAGCGGAGCAGAGUAGGCAAGACAGAAAGAAAAAAAAAGAGUGAAGUUUGGCUUAAAUUUCGAGAGGGUCAAUCGAAUACCGAAACCAAAGACAAAUUAGGACAACGCAAACGUGAAAAAGAUGCGCUAACUCAUGGUAAGCUCACGGAUAUAACGAUGGCCGAGCCAGGAACCAUGCACUGAUACGCAGGCAAAGUGCUACAGGUGACCUGGCCAUGGUAAUCACACUAACAAGGCUGACAAAAUCAUGUCAGCAUUCAACUGUAUCAUACAAAAUGGAUUCAUUGAGUGUGGGAAGGGAUUGGUUAUGGUACACAAACGAGCAAACCACACACUGAAUUCACCAGAUAAACUUGUAGCGACCAGCGUAUGCAGAAAGCGGAUUAACUAAUCAUAGAAAUCAGUGUUAUUUAUGUCCUUAUUCGAUUUCCACCCAUCGAUGCAAGUGUAGGGACGAAACACCCAUAAGGGCUAAAGUUUUGACAUGUACGCAAAACACAUAGAGAUCUUAAUGUAGCUUUACCAUUUUUUCGUUCACGCAAUCUUCCGUCUAAUACGUUAGACACCGCACCGGUAUGUAAAUGUAGGUAUACCUUAAAAGUACGCAUAUAUAUUUACAAACUGCAUCAGUAAUAUAUCACAUCAAUUAAAAAAAUAAAUGUAAAAAGCAUGCAUUGUUUAUCUUAUGAACAUUACAAUGUAAUUUUAUAAAUUUACUAGUAGGGGGCAAUGUUGACUUCCCAAUGUAUUGGCAAUAGGAAACCUUA